AUGGGAGAUUCUUUCAACCUCAGUGGAAUCUCUCCUAACGAGUCCCGCUCAGACCUGGAUAGCCUCAGUGGCUUUGAGGACAUAGACUUGCCUGCGGACGGGAGCCCUGCUUUGCGGAUCAUGAUCUCUCUGAUCUACUCUGUGGUGUGCGCAGUUGGCUUGGUUGGGAAUUUAAUGGUCUUUUUCCUGAUGAGGGUUCGACCAGGGAGGAAAAGGUCGACAAUCAAUUUUUUCAUCCUCAACCUGGCGGCGACAGACUUUCAGUUUGUUUUGACUAUGCCCUUCUGGGCAGUGGAUUUCGCUCUGGACUUCAGCUGGCCGUUUGGGAACGCCAUGUGCAAGAUCGUUUCGACGGUGACUUACCUGAACGUGUAUGCCAGCGUGUUCUUCGUCACUGCCAUGGGUGUCACUCGCUACUGGUCCGUGGCCUCUGCGCUCAAAGACAGCACGCGCAACAGAACCUGCUCCGUGAAGUUGGUGAGCGCGCUCCUGUGGGUUUUGGCCUCGGUCGCCACGGCUCCGGCUGCCAUCUUCUCCAAGGUUACAACUGUUGCAGGGGAGAAACUGUGCCUGCUGAAGUUUCCCGAAGUUUACUGGCUUGCUCUGUAUCACCUACAGAGAACCGUCGUGGCCUUUGUUUUCCCCAUGCUCAUAGUCACCAUUUGCUAUAUGCUACUUCUGCGUUUGAUCCGCUUGAGGAGCAUGAAUAAUAACAAUCACCCCAAGCGGAGAGCCAAAGUCUCCAAAACGGUCACCAUUGUGGUGCUGUCUUUUUUUCUGUGCUGGAUACCAAACCAUGCCAUAACUUUCUGGGGCGUGCUGGUGAAAUUCGAUAUCGUACACUGGGAUAAAGCCUACUACAUGGUCCAUACGUACAUAUUCCCCGUGACCAGCUGUCUUGCGCAUGCGAACAGCUGUUUGAACCCUGUGUUGUAUUGCCUUAUGAGAAGAGAAUUCAGAAAAAUGCUAAAAGAUUUGUUCUGGAGGAUGUCAUCUCCCGCGGUGUCCAAAAGUUGUCAGACACGGCCAGUCUCCGCUACCAUGAGGGCUGACAACGAUACCACUCAGGCCAGCAUCCCGUUGCAUGUCAUUGACACGGAGCACUGCGGCUUAUCCGAGGGGAGAGACCACUGUGACACUUGAAUCGAAUGGCACUUCAGGGAAAGAUGAGUGACAACCAAAGACUUGGGCGAAGUGCCACGCAAAACAGCUGACAGCAAAGUCGUGACCCUUGCGACGAUAACCGGACAGCGUUGUGCCUCCACGUCAAAAACAAAACAGUAAAAGAGAAAUCAGUCAUUAGUGCCAAACGCUCAAACAAAAGGCGCCAGUUGUCUCAUAGCUUACACUGUAUAGACCUACUCAAUGCUUUGCAGGUCAGAUAUUUUUAUGCAACUUAAAAUGCAACAUGUCAAACGACCAGGCAGCCACCUGCUCUGAAACUAAGUAGGCUACUGGCCAAUUAGAUAUUGGCUGACUGGCUGGCUAUCAUGGUUGCGCAGAGACUCUUCCCAAGCGGAAAUAUGACUGACUGAUCAUGGGUGCUCUUCUAUUAGCUGCCAUAAUUGUCUCCAGCGUUGAACAUAGUUCACAAGUAAGUGAAUGUAAACAAAGGUACUGACUGUGGAUUGUAAAAAUGUAAUAAAGUGUUUUCUUAUCGUGGCAACAUUGUGUGGCACCGGCGGUC